AUGACACGACGAGUGAUCGCAUCGGGACGGUCCUGUCUCGAAUGUCGCCGCCGCAAGAUCAAAUGCGACCGCGAGUUGCCCUGCGCCUACUGCGUGCGGACCCAGAUCCAGUGCACAUACCCGCCGUCCAGACCGGACCCUCCACGCAUGGACGAUGACCUCUUAGCUCGUGUGCGACACAUCGAGUGUACAUUACAGUCUCUGGAACGGAAUAUUUCGUUUCGGCCCGCAGAUUGGCAGCUCGGGCAGCGUUUCCCCUUCCACUCGGACCCAGCACCACCCGUAGAGCCCCUUCAUCCGCCCACCGCCGUAAUUUCAUUCAUUUGGCAGACUUAUCUGGAUGUGGUCGAUCCAGUCCUCAAGAUCUUUCAUGUUCCCACUAUCCAACGAGUUGUGGUGAGGGUCAUUCGAGGUCGAUUGAGGCCCGAUUCCUACACGGAAUGUUUGAUGUUCGCCGUGUAUUAUGCGACUGUGGUGACCAUGUCGGCCGCUGAAUGCCAUCGAGAAUUCAACGAGAAAAAAGCGACACUACUGAAGCGGUACCGGACCGGAGUGGAGGAUGCACUCCGGCGAGCGGACUUCCUGAAAUCUCUGGACCUGCGUGUCCUGCAGGCAUUCGUUCUUUAUCUGAUAUGCGGGCAACGCGACGAAAAUGGCCCCAAUGUCUGCUCGCUGGUCGGCAUUGCCAUUGGGACAGCCAUGAAGAUCGGUCUGCACUGUGAUGGAGGCACGGUGAAGCUGUCUCCAUUCGAGACGGAAAUGCAACGCCGGCUCUGGUGGCAGAUUUGCACACUGGAUGUGCGCACAGCCGAGGACAAUAACUCGGAGCCAACUAUCCUCGACUCCUCUUUUACCACCGCAUUACCACUGAACGUCAACGACACCAAUCUCGAUCCCGACAUGGGCGAGCUGCCACCCAACCAACCCGGGCGGACAGAGAUGCUGUUCAGUCUGGUUCGGUUCGAAGUGAGCCGGUUUGCGCGACGAGUGGUGUUCUCUGAUAGCUUCUGCCAUAAAAAUUCGUAUCCGAUCCACAGCGACUCGGAGAAAUGCAAGGCGAUCGAUCAGUUUAAGGAGCGAAUUGAGAACCAGUACUUGUCGCACUGCGACAGAAAUAUCGCCCUUGAUUUCGUUACGGCCGCAUCUAACCGUUUGAUUCUCGCCAAGCUGAAAUUGACCUUGUGCAAGCCACGAUCGGACCAUGAUCUCGGCUCGCUCAUCCAAGCUAACUCCCAAAAGGUUUGCGAGGAGAUCCUCCAGCAUGCGCACACCUUGCGACAGUAUGAUAGGGGCAAGCAAUGGCUCUGGCUCUCUCAGACUUAUUUCGAAUGGGAUGCCCUGGCGUGUCUUCUUCUAGGUCUUUGUAUGGCACCACCCGCGGAGCCAUCCAGUACCGUUUGGAGGGCGAUCGAUGAGAUUUACAACUACUGGAAGAACGACCCUGGCACCAACCAAGAUCGUCGCUGGAAACAUAUUGAGGAGCUGCGAUGGAAGGCUUUGACCGUACGCGACCGAAUGCAAAUCGCGCUACAAACACCCGAAUGCUCUGAUCCGGAGUUGGCUGUUCACCCGUCUGAAGUCUCACCAGCUAUUUCCAACCAUGAAACUACCGCUACGAUAGCUAGCACCCAGUCGCAGCAUGAGGAUGUCUCCAUAGGUACGGAGCUACCGGGAACGGGCACGGCUUGUGAGUGGAGUGCUGAACUCUUUGGACAGUAUUGGGAUAUCGCUGGGCCGGGACAAGUGGCUUGUGUGUCGUGGCUCUAG